CUCUCGUCCAGGCCGCCCACCAAAGCGUUCCUAUGGGGCCAGUGCACAAGAAAGCCCCAGAAUCCUUCACCACAGAGCAAACAGCCUUCUGUCUCCAGCCCUGCUGUCACCCACAGGUCUAACAACAAUGGCUGAAGCUUUGAAGAUACAGAAGAUGAAGAUGAUGAUGACUCUACACAAGGCCCAUAAUGGCUUAGAAUUUGAUUCAGAUGAGCUCAACUCUAAUACAGAUACAGGAUGUAGCGCAUUGUCAUGGGAGAGAGAGAAACAUUCAUCACCUGCUUCAGAGAAAACACAGCACAGCUUGAACAACUCUCAGCUCAACUCUCUCCAACACACCCAUCUACUGGCCAACAGACUGGACCUGCCCUUCAUGAUGAUGCCCCAUCCCCUGCUUCCUGUUGGACUUCCUCCCGCCUCUGUUGCCAUGGCUAUGAACCAGAUGAACCACCUUAAUACAAUUGCCAACAUGGUUGCCAGUGCACAGGUGCACAGCCCCGUCUCCAGGCCGACAUCUGCCAUCAAGCAAGAGUGUUUUGAAGAGAGUCCCUCUUUGACACCAUCCGUUGAGGGAAUUGUUCCUCAGAAAACUGAGCCCUCACCUCAACUAAGCAGUUCAUUUCCCAGCAGCCCCACACACCCUUACACACACUCUCCUAAAAAAACAGCAUAUGACGUUCAUGAUGAACAAAGGGAGAUAGACUCAGCUCUGCAUAUGAACAGACUUUCCAACAACAGGGUUGAGCAGAAUACAGUGAAGCCAAAAUUAUUUGAGAAUAUCCCAGCUCAGACGUUUCCCUCGGGCUUCCCUGCUUCCCUCCUUUUCACAGACGGCCUCUCCUCCGUGGAGACGCUGCUCACUAAUGUCCAGGGUCUGCUAAAGGUGGCUUUGGAGAACGCCCGUCUGCAGGAGAAACAGCUUCAGCAGGAGAGGCGAGAGCUCAAGAUGGAGCUGUACAGAGAGAGAGAGAUGAGAGAGAGUCUGGAGAGACAGCUCACCUCUGAGUUACGCAGUCGGGCCACCAUUCAGAGGCGUCUGAAGAAGGAGAAGAAGGCAAAGAGGAGGUUACAGGAGGCGCUGGAAUAUGAGUCCAAGCGGAGAGGGCAAAUCGAGCAGGCCUUACAGCAGGCCACCUCAUCAGACCCUCUCACACACGAUCCAAUCAGUCUGGACAUGGAGACGGAGCGCUGCAGAAGCCCAGAGGACAACUGCUUGUUACAGGAAAGCAGAACAUACACAAAAAACCCAAUAAUGUACUAAGAGGAGGUGAACUACCAACGAGAGGCCGAGGAUGUUCUCCACAUCACGGAUCAUCCCUACACAAAAAACAAUCAACUUCCCGAAUGCAGUUUCCGGGGAAGAGAGGACUUCAAGGUUUUACAUAAUGAACUACGUUGGAGAAGGUCUGAAGAUUUGACCCACUCGAUUGCUCCAUCCACUCUUAUUCCCAUCCUCACAACAUUCCAGAUUCCUCAACUGUUGUUUUAUACAUAUAUUGUGCUUAAUUCCCCGUUUAAGCUCUGUGGAGACGGUUGACGUCCUGUUACUUGUUUUGAAGCCGUGACAUUAUCCCUUUAGGACAGAGACCUUCAGUCUAAUGCCCUCAGGAUGGGCUGAUGUAAAAAAAACAUGAGGGAAUGAGAAGGAAAAGAGAUGAAUCUGGCUUGUUUCAUUCUUGUUGAAAGACUCUGAAGAGUGUGGAAUGUUACAUUGUGUUGCUUUUCUCUUGUUUGUCCAUCUUCUUGUUCUUCUGUCCAUUUAUCUCUCUUUUGUAGGCCAGUUUA